CAAGGGUUGCAACAGACGGGGAACCAUGUCGACUGUGAUUGUGUUGGUUCUGUUCUGGACCAGGCUCGGCGUGGCCUCGCAGGUCUGGCAUGGACAGCAGCCUGCAGGAACAGAGCACAGAUUCACAACGGCAGACUCAGUUUCCACCGUACGUCACCGUACAACCUGCUUUGUGGAUGACUUUGCAGCAGCACUGCAGGAAGCUUCGGAGAAUGACGGUACACUCAAAAACAGCAGUUUGUCACUGUUUGGCUCAUCGUAUCAUUCAGCAGGCUCAGCCUUAUCAGAGCUCACUGAGGAAAUAAGAAACAAGAGGGAAGGCUUGAAGGUUUUGCAUCCAGUUGCAGAGCCUGUCUCAGAGGAAGACGAGCAAGGGACAAUCGCAGUGACAUUUGACGUCCCACAGUCCCCAUUGCUCAGGCUAAAGCCGGUUCUGCUCUUCGUCCUUGAAAGUCCUUUCCCAGGCAGAGACUUGGACAUCACCUUCACCAGUCAUUCGCUGCAGCCGCACACGCAGUCUGCGUCCAUUUCAGAAAGUACACGUUAUAUACUACUGACUGGAAAACCGUCUGAGAGCACUGCUGAGCAGAAAUGGCGGAUUUCUGUUGAUGCAAAUACUCCUGAUAUGAAGCAAAACAUGAGAGACAGCCUUAUUGGUGGAAAAUCAGGAAGUACCUCCCGCAUGACACUGCUUCUGCUUUUUUUAGGAGAAACAGGAUCUGAAACCAGACAUGCCGCUACUCAGACUUCCUUCCUCUGUGCGCUGAGGCGCUUCCUAGAUUGUGUCCUCCCUCAGGAGCUCACCGGGUCCCCCUCAGUCCACCUGGACUCCUUACAGUCCCUGCCUCCCUUGAGGCUCGGCUUGUCCUCCAGCGAGACCCUGCUGGUGGGACUCAUCAACUCCUCCACCCCCACCAUCUUCUCCUUCAAUAAUUGGGCCUCCAAGUUUCCAGCCCGUCAAGAACAACUGGCCCUGUCCCCCACAUUGCUGCAAGAGCUUGGCCAGAGGUUGGAGCAGAGUGAGAUGCAAAUACUGGAGUUAAUACGUGAUGGGAAAGUGGCUGACAGUGGCACAGAGAGGCUAAGGAAACUCAAAGAUCUCUGUGGUUUCCAGAGAAAUGAACCAGCAACAGGAGAGAAACAAUACUGUGCAUUUCUUCUGCUGAAAGCCCUCCAGAUGGUAGGCCACACGUAUGACGUGCAGAGCAGGCUGCGGGCCACCAGAGCGGGCCCCAGAAACCCCUCCGGGCCCGUCGUAUGUGGCUUGAAGAGCCUCACUGUGUCCUUUGACAAGCUCUUCUUGGGGCCGACGAAUGCCAACAUCAACAACUGUCACGGCUUGUGUACUUUCCCACUGAUCAAUGGCAACAACCACGCUGUGCUGCUCAACUCCCACACCGAGGACAGCGGCACGGACGAGCGUGCACCGUGCUGCGUGCCCGUCGCCUAUGACCCCCUGGUGGUCGUGGACUUGAACAACGAAGGCUCCUUUCUGUCCAUUAAGCCAGAUAUGAUAGUAAAGGAGUGUGGAUGUCGAUAA